AUGAAGUUAUGUGUAAUUUACACAUAUAUAAUAAUAUUUUUAAUUUUUAGAUUUGUUAACUGUUUUGAUAAAUAUCCCUUUAAAUCGUCUGAAGUUACUGAUGGUGAUGAUGACGGUGAUGAUAAUAAUUUUGACACAAUAAUUAGGGGAAUUGAAAGUCUACUCGAAGAAGAAGAUGAUGAAAAUAUUGAUGAACAUGGAUUUCAAUCUAUAGUAACACAGCUAGAAGAUUUAGUUGCUGAUGAUACUUUCCAACCGACAGAGCAACCUACUCAAAUUAAUUUACCUCCUCAGCCAACUCCUGAAUUUCAACCUAUACAACUACCUGAAUAUUCUAAUGUAAUACCUCAGACUGUACAGGAAACCUCAAAACAUAGUUAUAAACAUAAUAGACCAACUAAACCCGAACACAGUCAGCCAUCUCAACCUAGUGAAUCUACCGAAUCACAAACUCAACCUCAAACUUCUGAUCAGCCAAUCGAACCAAGUGGCACAGAUCAGCAGUUACAACCUGAACAUAUUCAAGUUGAACUGGGAUCUGAUGAGGAGGAGUAUGAUGAUGAGGAACCUGAAGAAGGAGCAGUUGGAGGAGCUGGAGGUGGAGAUGAGGACGAAGAGGAGAAGAAGAAAAAGAAAGAAAAGGGAAAACCAUCUGUACCAGUAAAAAAAUGUGAAACAAUAACAUUUUAUAAAAAAAAUAGUAAUGGUGAGAAAGUAGAAAUGUCUUCAACAGAAUAUGAAAAAGUAUGGGAAGAUAAAGAUAAAGCCAAGUAUAAAUUUAAAUCUGAACUUGAAGUAGUAAUAUGUGACAAUGAAACUGUUUAUGAUCGUCUCCCCGAAAAGCCUCAUUAUACUUCAUUAACACAUUAUAAAAGUGAUAAUAAAUUAGUCUUUUUAUCAGGAAUAGGAUAUCUUAUAGCUGAAUACGCUUUCGGUAGAUGGAAAAGAAGAACAGAUAAUGUUGUUGAGAAGCUCAAACUUUACACUAAAGGUAAAAACGGGGAAGAAAUUUUGUUAACUAAAAAACAUUAUGAAUUUAAAACUAAUGAUAGACCAAUGUUUAAAUAUCGAUUGAAACCACGUGCAAUGUGUUUUAGAAUUGAAUAUGGAGGUCACACUGUUUGGGAGAAAAAAGGUGAAAAACAACAUCCCAUAGGACUGAAUAUUACAUCAGGAAAAAACAUCAUAAUAUAUUUCAAAACAUUUUACAGAAUUUAUGGAACGUCUGGUGGAGAAUACAGACAAAUACAUGGUCAAAAAAUUAAAAAGUAUUAA